AUGCCGCUCAAACUCAAAGAGGCCGUGACGCUGUUUAUAUCUGUGCGACGGGGACUGGAAGGUGGCCUGCUGAACGAAAUCAAGAGGAAUUCGCACCUCAACGUUAUCGAACGCAUACACUUUAAGCGACAAGACAUUGUGCCAGACGUCGAUCCAUCAAUAAAUGAAGGUGAAGGGCGGAUAAUAAACGCCCCUGUGGACCUAGCAGGAAGUAGGAUCAGAUCGUCGGACGAAAAUAAAUGGCUCUACAUCCAAAACGUAGCAGAGGAGCCUACAACCGUAAGACCGAAGGCCGUUGCUCCGCCUCACUGCGGCACGAAAUUAACUGAAACGUGCACUUUGAGGUUGCAAUCUGGUGGUGUCGAGGUUAAGUGCAACAGGGAGUGGCUAAUAAAGUGCGUACUCGGGCUACGAGCUGCUGAAAGCGUGUGGCUGCGCGUCGGUAGCCCGUUCAGGUGUCAUAACAGCGAACAGCUCGUACAGCGGGCAUCUGCACUGCCUUGGGGAGAAUAUUUGCCUAACGUGAAUGUCGAAUCGAUUUGCAUUCGGGUGAUCAGCAGACAUUCCACCGUCUGGUCGAAGCAUGUCAUUGAAGAGGCGGUGCGGCAAGGCAUUCAAUCCCACUUCGCUUGUAAUCCCGUGUUAAAAGUCAGGUCUGCGAAGAAAUUCGGCGAAAUUUGUGUCUCCGUAACGCUGAACAGAAAUACGUGCUACGUUGCAGUUCAGUGCUCAAGCAGGCUGUCCCCAAGAGAAUACAACUUCGCCAACGCUACACAGCAGCUUUCACGCUUGGUGGGGGAAUCCGCCGUGCCGUUCUGGUCAUUGUCAAAAACGCGGCUGCAAGCACGUCUAGAAGCUAGUAGCAUAUCGGAGGGAAAGGGCUUUAGGGUCGCACCCGUCGAGUGUCCUCAGCAAGACGGCCGAGACGCCGAUCACAUCAAGGCCAUAAGACGGGAAGAUUACAUCCAACAGCAGCAUAUCUUGCAGGGUGAUAAAUACGACACUGCAGACGCGCUUGUCGCGGGCUUCCUUCAAACUGGUAGCGUAUUCAAGGCACUCAGCAGCAGGCCCCUGCAGAUCUGGAACCCGUUCUGCUCCAACGGGCUCGUAACUAGCGAAAUUGUCGGACUGAUCCUGCAACUACCGAACUUCACGCAGCACAAUACGCCAAGAGCACUAUUUCGUCUUCUUUCAGCCGGAAAUGCAGCGGAUGUGUACGAUGAUACAAUUGUUGAAUAUUUGGGAGGAAAGAAACGUGAGGCCAGAGGCGUCCACAUAAUUGCAUCAGAUACAUCCCUGCUGAAGUUGAGCCAAACUGCCGAAAAACUCAACAAACUUCACGCAUUCUACGAGGACCUUCUGGAUGGUAUGCGAAACAGGACGUGCACAAACUUUUCAGCAGGAGAUUCUGAAGGCAGCGCUAUAACGGAUCAGCCCACUCUAUACAGAAACUACCGCAAUAGGUUGCCGAUUCAACUAUCACUGCACCAUGCGCCACUCGGGGUCGUGGCGCCGCUGAUGUACAGGCCACUUGUGAUAGCGAAAAUACCAUCUGUCAGAAAUAGGGCAUACAAGGAACGCGUGUAUGAUACGAUCAGAGAAUACAAGGCUUUUGGGCACAUUAUCGGGUCGCGCUCAGAUUGGAGAGGUGUAUUCGCAAUAGCUAAAGGCACUGCGUUUGAGCAUUUUAGUGGACUGGAAUGGCAUUGCGUAGCCAAAGCUACCAACUCAACCGGGGACGUGAUAAAGUUGCUCAGAUGGUCUGGAAAAUCGCAAAAAUUGGGGGAUCCCCAGGAUCGACUAGAGCAAAUCCAUGCACUGGAUUGCCUAUGA